AUGGAAGAAACAGAUUCAUUAUCAAUUGGAGAUGAUACAACAUGGGGAAGAUUGGUAUCAUUGAAUCCUGCAUACCCAUCGAUCGAAUUAAAACAAAAUACGGUUGUAUUUGGUAGAACUGCAUCGGCUUGUCAAGUAGUCUAUCAAUCACAAACCAUCAGUGGUAGACAUUGCAAGAUCUAUCGUGAUGCUUCAGUGGCCAAGCAAAACAUUGUCUUUCUCGAAGACACAUCAACCAAUGGUACCUAUGUCAACAAUGAAUUGAUUGGCAAAGGUAGCAAGAUUCUCAUCAACAAUGGUUGCGAAAUUGCUAUCAUUCCAAAACGUGGUCCUGAAAGAAUCUCUUACAUUUACAAUGAUUGUAAUGAAGAACAAAAAGAAAUUGAACAAGGUGGUCCUCAAUUAAAUUAUCAUAUGAAAGAAGUACUUGGAUCAGGAAACUUUGCAACUGUAAGAUUAGCAGUUCAUAAAGAAACUGGAAACAAAUAUGCAUUAAAAGUUAUUGAUAAAAAGAAAAUGUCAAUGACUAGUAAAAGAAAGGAAGCUCUAAUGGAUGAAGUCAAUGUUCUUACCAAAGUUUCUCAUGAAAAUAUCAUUUCAAUUAAUGAGGUCUUUGAAACUAAUAAGAAUUUAUAUUUAGUUUUAGAAUUAGUAACUGGAGGAGAAUUAUUUGAUAGAAUUAUAACAGAAAAGAAAUUUACAGAAGAUGUUGGUAGAUAUAUUAUGAGACAAAUAUGUUUGGCCGUUCAAUAUCUUCAUUCAAGAGGUAUUGCUCAUAGAGAUUUAAAACCAGAAAAUAUUCUUUGUCAUUCACCAGAGACCUAUGUCAUCAAGAUUAGUGAUUUUGGUCUAUCUCGUGCUCUUGAUGAAGGUAGUUUUAUGAAAACAAUGUGUGGUACUCCUCAAUAUGUUGCUCCCGAAAUUUUAACCAAAGGUGAAAGAGAAGGAUAUGGUAAAUCUGUUGAUUUAUGGAGUAUUGGUGUUAUCCUUUAUAUUUUAUUAUGUGGAUUUCCACCAUUUGGAGAUCCAAGUGAUGUAAACUUUUUUGAUAGAGUUAAAAGAGGUGGAUUUUCAUUCCCAUCACCAUAUUGGGAUGAAAUUUCAGAAGAUGCAAAGGAUUUGAUCAAGAAAUUGAUUAUUGUCGAUGUUGAAAAGAGAUUAACCAUUGAUCAAACUCUAUCUCAUCCUUGGUUUACCAAUCAUGUUGAUGAUAUUAAAAAAAUUAAUAAUAUCAAAGAUGAUGAAAAAGUAGAAGAAACAAAGCAAGAAGAAGAAAAGAAAGUAGUAGAAGAAGAGAAAAAGCAAGAAGAAGAAAAGAAAGAAGACUCUUCUUCAAUCGAUCCAAGACUUCAAAUUUUUGAAAUACCAAAAAAUUUGGUACCACAAGUUUUAAUACCAACACCAAAAGAAGAUCCUCUUCUUGUUGAUGAAUCUUUAAAGAGUAAAAACAAAAGAGCUCAUAGUAAUACUCCAAUUGGUGAUCAAGAUGAAAUAAUCAAAGAACAAAAGUUAUAA